AUGGCAUCAGUUGAUCAGUUGAUAGAAAAAUUCGAUGGUAUUGCGCUGGGUGAUGACAGUGCCGACGAAUUCUUUUUUGAUAUCAAAGAUAACAGUCUAUUCGCGGAUCUGCUGGGGGUCGAGAAAGUGAGAACGAAACUUAUUCGAUGUUUGGUUGAGAAACCAGUUGAAGUUAUCAACUUUUUAGUCUCAUCAGAAGAUGUCGAACUUGUAAAGCUGACGAGAUUGGCCCCAUAUCUUUCGAAAAGUGAACUCAAGUUGGUCCUUGAUGAGGUGCUGGUGACGCUUACAAAAAUUUAUUUUGAGGAGUUCAAAACGGCAGAAGAUAUCAGCAAACAGGAUGCUUACUCAGAGACUUUCUCUCGAUGCCCUUAUUUGUUACGAUUUGUGUUCCAAUCAGUUGGAAAGCUGAUAGGGACAGAUUCAAUGUCAAAUUAUUUUGAGAAGAUUUUAUCAGCCAUCAUCCCUUAUAGCGACAGGAGAUUAAUAAAUAUUCAUGGUGGCUUGUCAAGAGGGGGACAAAAGAUUUCAAUUGCCUCACAGGUUAUCUUAAUCAUUUCAAAAUGUAUUGAAAUCAGUUAUGACGAAACAGAGACUGCACUUAAGAGUUCAAUUCGUGAUGUUCUGGAAAAAGGAGCUGCCACUGGCCUAAAGGUAAGCUACAUAAUCGUGUUUUCAUUGGUAAGCCUUAUGUUUCACAUAAACAUUAGUAUUGCAGAACAGAUCUUUAUGCUCGAUGAUAUCCAGGUGAAGAAAUUGACAGUGGAGCUUCUAAAUUCGCAACAAUUUGUACUAGCAGCGUUGGAUGCACUGUCUAGUGCAUGUGUAAGUAAAUCCAGUAGAGCACUUGUGGCACAGAACUUUGGCCCCCUUAUUAGUAAUGCCUUCGAAUCGACUGAAAAUCAGUCUGUUCAAAUUUUAGCAGCAUCUGUUCUUGUGAAAACAAGUGCCAACUCUGACGGAAAAGAAAGUGAAAAAGUAAAAAUGUUGGACGAAUUCUCGAAAAUCUUUGAAGAGGCUGUUGGAGAAUAUAUUCAGGAUAAAGCUGGGAUUCUAAGAGCUGUUUCUGAUUCGGAUUAUCAGGUUGCACUGGAAGGACUGGCUUACACAUCAUUAUUGACAACAGCAAAAUCUAGGAUUAUUGCCAGUAAGAAUAUCAUGGAUAACUUAGUUGCUACGUUCACCUCGGCUCAUGUUUUUAGUCAACACCCAGUGUGGAUUUACAGUUCCCUAUGCAUACUAGUCAAUAUUACGAACUACAGUCCGAAGCUGUCAGCUGAGCAAGAAAAAUUGAGAGACCUAAAAAGUUACGGCGGGAAGUCCAAUCUAGAAAGUGAGCACGAAUCAGAUAUAGUCGUAAAUCGAAGAAACAAGAUUGUUUUAGAAACUGGGUUGGUAGGAGCAAUUAGUAAAAGCUGUCCGCAGUUCAGUAAGGCCAGUAAGGAAAUAGUUUCGAAUUUGUUACGAAAUCUGGUAACAGACAGAUCACAUAGAUCGAUUUUUGUUCAGCAGGGGGGCUUGGCUGUGCUUAUAUAUUUGCUCUUACCCCCGGAAAACGGCUCUACUGAUGGAUCUAAAGGCAUUGAACCAAAAGCUGCCAAUAUAACUACAAGUGGCCUCGCAAAGACUCUUAUAUCUGUUGAUCCUAAGGUAGCCUUUAGUAGUAAGUUGAGUCCGUCAGUGGUUGUCAAACCUCUUAUCACGCAACUUCAAUGUGAAGCAUCAGAAAUCCCUCUCUUAGAUAAAUUCGAAGCAUUACUUGCCUUAACAAAUAUUGCUUCUUUUGACGACUUUUGUCGUGACCAAAUUAUUCGUUUAGGAUGGAACAAGAUAGAAAACCUGGUAACAGGCUCUAAUGUAAUGGUGCAACGGGCGUCAAUUGAAUUAAUUUGUAAUCUGGCAAUGUCUCCUCUCUGUGCUGAGAAAUAUCUGGAUGGCUCGAAAUCUGCAAUAAGUAGAUUAGAGCUCCUUGUUGCAUUUUCAGAUAGUGACGAUGGUCCAACUUCAAUAGCUGCAGCCGGGGCAAUGGCGCUCUUAUCAGAAUGGGGCCAACCAGCUGUGGAAACAAUGGGUCACAACAGUAAAUGCGUUCAGCGUCUCGUUGCCCUUUUAGUUGUACCCGAUCCAGCCAUACGUGACAGGGCCAUUUCGGCAACGAGGAACUUACUAGUUGGAGCAAAACAAAACAAAGAUGAUGAAGUAAUCAACCUCUUUAAUAAUCAAAACUCCGUCGAGAAAAUCAAGAAUAUGGUCCAGUCAACUGGUGAUAGUGAUACGAUUACUUUGGCAUUAGAGAGUGUUAAAAUUCUCCUAAAUAAAUGA